CUACGAUUCUCCGUUCUUGGUCUCGAUGACUCAAUCCGGUUCGACCGCGCGCCGACCGCCGGAGGGCAUCUCGACAAACGAACUGAUUAAAGAUUAGCCUCCUCCCACGCUCUGUGCCUUGAUUUCUUCCCCAUGGCGAUUCCACGAUGUUCUUCUUCUCUCUCAUCUAUGUCUUUUUUUUGUUGGCAUCCUCGUCUCUCAUCCCCCCGGCAAACCUUCACUAGUGAUUGUCGACGGCUGAUAAGCGCCUCUGCAAUCUCUUCGGAAUCAGUAGGCAGUCUUACAAGCUCAAGAACCAUGCUUAAAGACAUGAGCCUCGGUGAACUUGAAAAAUGGGUCCAAUCAAAUGGGUUUAGGCCGGCACAGGCAUUAAUGCUGUGGAAGUGCCUUUAUGGGAACAGUUGCUGGGCACAAUGUCCUGAUGAAUUAACAGGUUUAAAUAAAGAUUUCAAAAGAAUGUUGACUGAGAAUACUGAUAUGAAGCCAUUAUCAGUGAAAGAUGUUCUUACAGCCUCAGACGGAACUCACAAGAUAUUAUUCACUUUGGAUGAUGGAUUGGUGAUAGAAACGGUAGUGAUUCCUUGCAGCAGGGGAAGGACUACUGUUUGUGUUUCAAGUCAAGUUGGAUGUGCCAUGAAUUGCCAAUUCUGUUAUACUGGAAGGAUGGGUUUGAGAAGGCAUUUGAGAACCGCUGAAAUAGUUGAACAAGCCAUUUUUGCAAGAAGGUUGUUUUCAACUAAAUUUGGAUCUAUCACAAAUGUUGUAUUCAUGGGAAUGGGUGAACCUCUUCAUAAUAUAGAUAACGUUAUUAAAGCUGCAGCUAUUAUGGUUGAUGAGCAAGGUCUUCAUUUUAGUCCUCGUAAAGUAACUGUUUCAACCAGUGGACUUGUUCCUCAGUUGAAGCGCUUCCUCAAGGAGUCUAAUUGUGCAUUAGCUGUUAGUCUCAAUGCCACAACCGACGAGGUUAGAAAUUGGAUAAUGCCUAUUAAUCGUAAAUAUAAUCUCAGUCUACUUCUUGAGACUUUAAGAGAGGGGAUCCGCUUCAAACAUAAAUACAAAGUUCUAUUUGAGUAUGUUAUGCUUGAAGGAGUGAAUGACAGUAUUGAGGACGCUAGGAGGCUCAUUGAACUAGUUCGUGACAUCCCUUGUAAGAUCAACCUCAUCUCUUUCAAUCCUCACCGUGGAUCUAUGUUCAAACCCACAAGAGAGGAGGAGAUGAUUGAGUUCCGCAAUGUCUUGGCAGAAGCUGGGUGUGUUGUCUUCUUGAGGCUCAGCAGAGGGGAUGAUCAGAUGGCUGCUUGUGGACAACUUGGUGAGCCAGGUGAAGUUCAACCACCUCUACUUCGUGUACCCCUUCGCUUUCAGACGGCUUUAUGACAUUUUAGGUUUGUUCUGUAUUAGAGAUUAUUGUCGUCAUUAUUGUUCUUUAGUUUCUAUAAAUUAUAUCUACUUCUUUCAAAGUAGAGUAGCAUUGGAUUUAAUGAACAAUUCGGUACUCAUUUAUAAUGUUUUUGUUUGUUUGGAUAGAAAUUGUUUAUAAUUUGAUAUUUUAAUGACCUGAAGUGAAAAUGGACUAAUUCAGUUA